ACGGUAGGAUGACAUCUAGCGAUAGUGCGUCUACUGGCGAUUCUACCGGCAAAGGUAAUCGGGUAUGAGUUGUUAUUGUUGUUGUUGUUUUGUCUAGUGUAGUUAAUCAAGAGAGGCCCUUUGCGAGGUGUCGCAAUGAUGACAUGUCAUACCAUUCAAAACCUUCAAGACGAGGUGAUUCAAGAUCUUAGUACAAAGUACGCGGUCCACGUGGAUAGUCGGUCUUGCCAAUUGGACGAAGAUGCUCUAGACUCGAAUAAUGCAGACUGCUAUGCGGUGAAACAUUGGGGUGUCUGUCAACAUACAAGUGUUUGGGAAUUUAAAGAGAACUGUUCAGUUUUUGUAUUUCCUUUUACACCAUAUGUCAAAGACCUAGAUCAACGUCAAAAGAUUCGAUUAGGAGCAUAUGUUGAUGAGGCACAUGACUCUGGUAAGUGUAUAGUUACUCUUCUUGAGAAGAGCUGCUCAUUUACAGACCUUAAACGUUUUCAUGCUAUUCUGAAUAUGAGGAAGGUGUUGACUGUUGACAAGAGCAAUAGUGACUGUGCUGGAUAUGUCAGCACCAUCAUUAGGCACUUGCUGAGCAGCCAUCCUACUCAGAAUGAAGCAACAAGCUGGACUGGAAUUUGGACUGAUGCUUUCUGUGAACUUGAGAGGCUAUAUAGUUACUGCCAUGCAUCUGAUUGUCUUUUGUCCAAUGACAAUCAUCAUGAUCGUGGUUGUUGGACUGUUUAUGUCCAAAUUGGUCAUGGUCUACUCAAACUACUCUUCACGUAUCUUGAUUCUUUGGAUCUUGAAGAGACUUCGGAUUUGAAGAAUACACGUGAUGAGUGUAAAUACGAGAAUGAAACACUAUCAAAUAUUACAUUAUCUGUAAGCAAUCUAGGACUUCUGCCUGGUUUCCAACUGGCUAACAACAUUCGGGAAAUGAUUUUGAAGGUUUAUCCACAUUGGGUAAAAAUGCAUGGUGAUCUUCCACCAUUACAUACAGAUCAGCCCAAUGAACUUAAGGAAUGCGUUCAUCAGUUGAGUAGUGUUUGUAACAUGAAGAGCUAUACUGCUGAUGACUGGGUUGAGGUUACCACUGCUGCUGAAGCUGUACGCGUCAGUUUAGAAGAACUACUGAAAACUACAAGAAAAGGAGAUAGGUUGCACGCAAGAUUGGAAUCUCUUUUACCAUUUGUUAAAUUUAUUGCUAAGUCAGAAGCAAACUCAUUUGUUGUAAGAAGCUGUAACAUUUAUUUAAAACUUUUGCAAACUUUGUGUUACUAA